UGCAGCGCUGAGAGGUCCCCACUGCCCCGUCAUGGUGUCUGCUCUCACCGUCCUCCUCCUCGGCUGCUGGCUGGCUCGGCAGAGUGGGGUCUCGGGACAGGGGUCCUACCCCAAACCCUCCAUCUCCGUCAGCCCCGGUGGGGUGAUCCCCGUGGGGGGAAACGUCACCAUCCGGUGUCGGAAUCAGCGCCUGGGCAUGAGGAUCUUCCUCUACAAGGCUGGAGAUGGGAACUAUCUGACUUACACAGACCCUGCUGGCUCUGAGGCUGAAUUUCCCAUCACCAGCGCCAGACGGGAACAUGGUGGCAGCUACACCUGUCGUUAUAGCAACAGAACAAUAGGAGCUGCCUCCUCGGAGCCCAGUGACCCUGUGCAGAUCAUUGUAGCAGAUCCCAGCUUACCCAGACCCUCCAUCUCUCUGAGGCUCACUGGGGUCACCGCCCCAGGGGCAGACGCCACCAUCCGGUGUCAGGGGCAGCGCCGGGAUGUGAGGUUCUUCCUGCACAAGGCUGGAGACCUGAACCCGCAGCGACACAUGGACACUGCUGGGGACAGGGCCGAGUUCCGCAUCCCCACCGUGGGCCGGCAGCACGGAGGGAGCUACAGCUGCAGCUACCGGCCCCGAUCACAGCCCUUUAUCUCCUCGCAGCCCAGCGACUCCGUGCAGCUGGUGGUAGCAGAGCCCAGCUACCCCAAACCCAACAUCUCCCUGCGCCCCAGUGGGCGGGUCACCUUGUGGGGAGCCGUGACCAUCCGGUGUGAGUGUCGAUGUGCGGGAACGAGGGUCCUUCUGAGUAAAGCUGGAGACCCAAACGCACAGCGCUCAAUGGACUCCGUGGGGGACGUGGUUGAGUUUCCCAUCCGCAACGUGAGCCGGGGAGACGUCGGGAGCUACAGCUGCCGAUAUAGCACCAAGUGGGACCCGCCCGUCUGGUCAGAGCCUAGCGACCCCGUGGAGCUGAUGGUAACAGAGCCCAGCUAUCCGAAACCCUUCAUCUCCCUGCACCCCAGUGGGCCGGUCGUCCUGGGGGGAGCCGUGACUGUCCGGUGUGAGUGUCAGUGUGCGGGAACGAGGGUCCUGCUCAGUAAAACUGGAGACCCGGACAUACGGCGCUCAAUGGACUCCGCGGGGGAUGUGGUUGAGUUUCCCAUCCGCAACGUGAGCCGGGGAGACAGCGGGAGCUACAGCUGCCAAUAUAGCACCAAGUGGGAUCCGCCCAUCUGGUCAGAGCCCAGCGACCCCGUGGAGUUGGUGGUAACAGAGGGGUCCUACCCCAAACCCUCCAUCUCCGUCAGCCCCGGUGGGGUGAUCCCCAUGGGGGGAAACGUCACCAUCCGGUGUCGGCAUCAGCACCUGGGCAUGAGGUUCCUCCUCUACAAGGCUGGAGAUGGGAACUAUCUGACUUACACAGACCCUGCUGGCUCUGAGGCUGAAUUUCCCAUCACCAGCGCCAGACGGGAACAUGGUGGCAACUACACCUGUCGCUAUAGCAACAGAACAGGACGAGCUGCCUUCUCGGAGCCCAGCGACCCCGUGCAGAUCAUUGUAGCAGAUCCCAGCUUACCCAGACCCUCCAUCUCUCUGAGCUUCACUUCGGUCACCACCCCAGGGGCAGACGCCAUCAUCCGGUGUCAGGGGCCGCGCCGAGACGUGAGGUUCUUCCUGCACAAGGCUGGAGACCAGAACCCGCCGCGACACAUGGACCCUGCUGAGGACGGGGCCGAGUUCCGCAUCCCCACCGUGGGCCGGCAGCACGGAGGGAGCUACAGCUGCAGCUACCGGAACCGAUCAGAGCCCUUCAUCUCCUCGCAGCCCAGCGACACUGUGCAGCUGAUGGUAGCAGAGGGAACCAACCCAGCUGGGACCCAGCAGACGGAUCCGCCCCCGACGGAGUUAGCGGGAGAAGGGGGAACCGACCCGACUCAGCCGGGCAUGGUGCCGACUCCCAGCCACCCAGGUAACGCAAGGCCAGGGGGAUCCGAACCACUGUCACUUCUGGAUUUGACCCACACCAUCAUCACUGGGAUGAGCGUGGCGGCCGCCGGCCUCCUCCUCCUUCUCGUGGCCUUUGUCUGCUAUAGAAGAACUGGAGGAAGGAAAGGACCAGCCCCGAGACAGAGCAGGGAGUCGGAGGCUGUGAAGGCUCUACCGUCCCAGCCCCAGGAGACAGACUCUGGCGCCGAGGAACUCACCUACACUGAGCUGGGCCACCAGGCCAAGCCGGGGGGCUCGGCCCCUGCCCCUGAGCCUGUCCUGUAUGCCACCAUCAACGUGAGCUGGAGACACGACGGGCAGAGCCCCGGAGGUGCAGGUUGCCCCCCACCUACCCCGAUAGCGUGAACCCAGGGGGAAUCAUUGGAGCGAUGGGGCAGGGAGCAUGGGCCACCAGAGGGUGACAGAGUGAUUCCCCGCCAGAGAACGGGCUCAGCUUAUGGCCACCCUAUAACCCCCCUACAGCUGCUGCUGCCCCACCCAGCCCCACGGGGGUUCAUAAAGGGCACUCAGCGCUUGGAGGGGGAUGGGAUGUGCCAAGGCGGCUGUUUGUGUUAUUUUGCAUCCUGUUAAUCUCCAGAUUUCUAAUAAACACAGAACCACAAACCAGCCUCCCACCCUGGGCACCCCACAGUCCCCCAACCUGGAGUGUGUGUAACACCUGGGGGAGAUGGGAUUGCUCUGGGGUGGGGUGAGAACUCCUGAGACACCAGCACAACCGCAUCCUACCUCCAAACCCCCUGCCUCAGAGAAUCCUUCCCCCCAACCAUUCCCAGAACAACAGCCGCACUUCAGUAUCGAA